GCAAUAACUGGCACAAAACUCAAAAUGGCAGCGUCGAACACGGCACAGAAAGUUCAAGAGGUUCGUGAGGUAACACGUAUUGAGAGGAUUGGUGCUCACUCUCACAUACGAGGGUUAGGUUUGGAUGAUGCCUUGGAACCCAGAGCUGUCUCUCAGGGCAUGGUGGGGCAAGUGGCAGCUCGAAGAGCAGCUGGUGUAGUGCUGGAAAUGAUCAAGGAAGGCAAGAUAGCUGGAAGAGCUGUGUUAAUUGCUGGGCAGCCAGGGACAGGCAAGACUGCUAUUGCAAUGGGUAUGGCCCAAGCCCUCGGCCAAGAUACACCCUUUACAGCGAUGGCUGGUAGUGAAAUAUACUCACUCGAGAUGAGCAAGACAGAGGCUCUCACUCAGGCCUUUAGGAGGUCAAUCGGUGUUCGAAUAAAGGAGGAAACAGAGAUUAUAGAAGGUGAAGUUGUUGAAAUCCAGAUAGAUAGACCAGCCACAGGAACGGGUGCUAAAGUUGGCAAGCUAACAUUGAAAACAACAGAGAUGGAGACCAUAUAUGAUCUUGGUACAAAAAUGAUUGAAUCCCUCACAAAGGAGAAAGUGCAAGCUGGAGACAUUAUCACAAUCGAUAAAGCUACAGGAAAAAUUACCAAACUAGGCCGAAGUUUCACCCGUGCCCGUGACUAUGAUGCAAUGGGGCCUCAGACUAAGUUUGUUCAGUGUCCUGAAGGGGAGCUGCAGAAGAGAAAGGAGGUCGUUCACACCGUCACGUUACACGAAAUUGAUGUUAUUAAUAGUCGUACACAGGGAUUUCUCGCCCUGUUUUCAGGCGACACUGGCGAAAUUAAACCUGAAGUUAGGGAGCAGAUCAAUGCUAAAGUUGCUGAAUGGAGAGAAGAAGGAAAGGCAGACAUAGUUCCGGGGGUAUUGUUUGUAGAUGAAGUGCAUAUGCUUGAUAUUGAGUGUUUCUCUUUUCUGAACCGAGCCUUGGAAAGUGACAUGGCACCGAUUCUCAUCAUGGCCACCAACAGAGGAAUCACAAGGAUUCGUGGCACAAACCAUCAAAGUCCACAUGGAAUUCCUAUUGAUUUGCUGGACCGUCUACUCAUUGUUUCCACCAGUCCAUAUUCAGAGAAAGAACUCCAACAGAUCAUUAAAAUCAGGUGUGAGGAAGAAGAUGUAGAGAUGUCUGAUGAUGCUAUUACUGUUUUAACUCGUAUUGGAAUGGAAACGUCAUUACGUUACGCAAUUCAGUUGAUCACAGCAUCCAGUCUGGUUUGCCGGAAACGGAAGGGCACAGAAAUUGCCAUUGAGGAUAUAAAGCGGGUCUACUCACUGUUCCUGGAUGUGUCGCGAUCCACUCAAUUCCUCAAGGAAUACCAACAGGAAUUCAUGUUCAGUGAAGUUUCAGAUAAAGAAAUGGAAAUAUCCUGAUUGCUUUGUGACAUCAUCUACUGAGAACAUUCCUUAUAUAAAAGGUUAUCACACAAUAUUUACCUAGCCUCUGAUGAUCCAGGCGUUUUUUUCUGUUUAUCUAUGUCAACCCACACCUCUGUUGAUCUAGGCCUUGUUUUUUAUAUACUCAGUUACCUCAUGUUUUUUUGCUAAGCUCAUCAUGUCUUACCUUUGGUCAUACUGUAAAUUAAUAACUUAUUAUUAUUACAUAAAUAUUAAACUAAAUAGAGACAAGCUAAAACAAUUAUGAGCUUAUGGCUAUCCUUUUGACUCCUAGUUUCUGUCUGGUUUGUAUGCAAAUGAUGUUGUAGUCAAAAUGGAACAUGGGCUAGCAUUUUAGAAUGGUGCGUAUUCAUUUUAAAAAAUUGUGAAUGCUUGACAAAUUGAAUGCAUUAAUAAGUUGACUAAACAUAAAUAAAUAAACUAAUUUUGAGGAAGGUGAUUUAUAGGUUAUUACUGGUAGAUAAUAGACAAGUUAAUGUAUCAAUUUCUAUUUCUUACUUCAAGCAACUAUAAAAACAUUUAUACUUUCUAAUAUGUUUUGAACCCGUUUCUUGAAUCUAGCAUUUUACUGACUUAAGUAGUCAGUAACUUGGAGAAUCUGUUCUCUAACAUGUUGCGGCAUGUUGAAACAUGAAAAAAUUCUUGUAAGUAAACCAAAGAAUAUAUGUACUGUUUGGGAUGUUUCGAUCUGUUGUCAAUAAACACAUUCUGUGAGUUUUGUUUACAGCCGGUCCCUGUGACAUAUAGUGGGUAUCACUAUGCAGAAUUUACAAUGCGAUCAGUGUUAAAGUAUAGGAAAGGGUACUAUUAUGGUUUCGAAAACAUUUGCCCACCAUUAACAUGAGAAAUAAAUGGCAAGGAAAGGCACUGCGAUUGUUCAAAAUAUAGUGCAAAUUAAUUCAUUCUAGCGUUCAAUGUGCUUUGUAUGCUUUUGAAUUUAUGUGAUUUCUUGUAAACCUAAGCUAGAAAUCGUAGCGUGUCAAAAUCACAGUUGCGGGUCAGAUGCUUGUGCAUACCUAAACAGGACGUAUAUACUCAGGAACCUAGGCUUAGCAAUUUCUCAAAAAAAUCAAAGUUUGGGGCCAGUAUCUUUUGGAUGAUUAGCAAACCAUUAUGGCAAAACUCUAAAUCUCAAUUUCCAAUCAAUUUGGUAUAGUUAAUGGCAUUCCAACCAACGUUAUUCAACAGCUUAGCUCAGUUGGCUAAUCUUGUGGUAGCCACUGUGUGUGCGCUGAACCAUGGAGAUCUCUAGGUCCCCGGUUCAAUUCCCAUCGUUGCUCUCCUUGUGUUUCAGCUGGAGGUCUGAAAUACAAGUUACAAUAACACACGGUCUUUCGGAUGAGACAUCCAAGCUGUUGGUCCCACAUGCAUUUAUGGCCCAUGUGCACGUUAAUAACGCAGUACACUCUUCAGAAAAGAGUAGGGGAUUGUCUCCCGGUGUAUUGCCCAAUCACCACCAGAAGGACCCCACUGGAAAUAAGUCUUCUUCUAAACUUUAGUUGGCUAUCCUUGGUGUUUACACCGAAUAAAUCCAAUCCAAUCAAAUAUAUGCUUUACAGCGCACUCAGAAGAAGCCAUACGUUUUGCUAUUACCUAGCGUCGCUCCUGCUGCUUGUUUACAAUUGAUACCCAUUAUAUGUCACAUGACCAACCUAGUGGAAUGUGUCUAUUGACUUUCAUCAGACAGUAACUGGUUUGUUGGUUGCUAAUUUUUGGUUUGCUACUACAAGAAUAUACCGUGUCUCAUACAUCACAAUAAUCAGAUGAAACUAUUUGAUCUGCCUGAAUAUAGUUUUGAUGACAUCACAUAAUGACCAUAAUAUAGGUGCAUCAUGACUAUAUAUAGACAUACAACAGUUUUUUGUUGAAAAAAAAUAUGAGUCUUAACAAUUAAAUGGGCACUGGAUAUUGAAUUUCUAAUCCACCUUUCGGAAGGCAGUGGAUGUGCACAUUUUUGUGCUUGUGUACUUUGUUGAUAUUUUGAUGUGUUCACCUGAAGAUGAUAUAAAUACAAACUGAUUUUGUACAAAUUUGAA